CGUAUUAUUCUGGGAAGAUCAGAGAGACUCCGCUUGAGCUUGGUUUAAUCUCCGAUCAACGCCGCAGUACUAAUCACCACCGUCGCUCUCCGGAAUCCGUGCUCUAUAACAAGCUAUACGAGAUGUCUGAUUCCGAUAUGGACAUUGACGACGACGAGGUCCAACAAGUAAACGUACAACCCCCCACAGUUGCUGGAGAAUCUCGAUUGCUUGCUGCUAGACCAAUCGAAGCUUCCGAUUCCCAGAACGAUGUGAAGAAGCAUUCAGUUGAGCAAUCAAAGAUCAUAAACGGAAACUUACUACCUACUCUUUCUGAGAAUAGUGGGAAGAAUCUAUUUCUGGAAGGUGAAAAAGGCAUAAUUUUACCAAGUCUCAGGUUUCCUGCUCCGGCACAAAGCUUUCCGUUGGUGAAUAGACCAGAGCAAUCAAAGAUCAUAAACGGGAACUUACAACCUAAUCUUUCUGGGAAUAGUGGGAAGAAACUUAUGCUGGAAGGUGAAAAAGACAAAAAUUUAUCAAGGUUUCCUGCUCCGGUGCAGAGCUUUCCGCCGGCAAAUGGACCAGAACAAAAACGUCAAGCAUUUCCCUGCAAGUUCUUUCCCCAAGGGCGGUGUACCAAAGGGAACUCCUGCAGGUUUCUUCAUGUGAACGAGAGUUUGAAUCGCACUAGUCAGCAACAGCAACAAGCGGUGAAUCAUACUAGUCAGCUACAAGCGGUGAAUCAUAUGGCUGGAACCAGUGGUAUCAAGUCUGGUGAAGAAAGAAGACCGUUUGAGAGCAUAGAAGGUGUACGAUUCCCCAUGUUAAGCACGAAUGGCAUCACAUCUUUGGUGAAUCCCGGGAAUCCCCCUGCUGGUCAGAGAGUUUUCCCUUUCACGAACGAGAUGCGCUUUAUGCCUUCAUUGGAAAACAUGGGAAGAGGGAGUCUACAAGGUGCUGUGUUCACUGAGAACAGGCCUGUAUUUGGUAAUAGCAUUAGUUCCUUCCCGUUGAGAAGCAGCUUUGUUCAAGAACAUGGAUCUCUUAUCACUUCUAAUAGACAAACAGACAUGGGAUCUUCUGGACCAGCGUGGACAGGAUCCGUGUUCAGUUCUGCUCCUCUGAAUCAGUAUGAUUCCCCCUUUGGGAAUUUUGAAAACAGGAACGAUAUAAAUGGAUCUGGAUCACUACCAGUGGAGCAAGCGAUAUCUGUUUCCUCAGUUCAAGAUGCAGAAGUCGACACGACUAGCAACAAAAAGGAAGUUUCUUCAAAUGAUUGGGAACCUUCUGAACCUUUUCGGCCAUCUUUCACUAUUCCUCCUUAUAUACUUCCCUCGUCUGAUGCCCUCUACGAUCCUUUCACGGAUAUAGAUAAUCCAGAAGACAAAUCUCUUAAUGCUCCAUCGUCAAGUAAAGAGAAAGAUGCACAGAAAGAGUCCGGCCAGCAGAAAGAUGGUGAUUCUGCUAGUAAUGAUAAAAGCAGUUCAUGCAGCCAAAAUCAAUUCCAAGAAACUGUGGCGAGGACAAAUUUGGAAGCACGUGUAGCAGUGGAAGGAGUGGCUACUUCGGUGGUUGAUCAAAAUGAUGCAACAACACCAAGCAAAGAGGUAUCUUCAUCGGCGGCUGUUGAGAAUAGAGUUGUCUUGAAAAGAAGCAAACCUGCUGGGCAUGGAUCUUGGCAUAGAAGUGAUGGUUCAUCACAUCAAAAGAUGUUGAAAACAGAUGAGAUGGAUGGGGAAGUUAGGUCGGACGCAGGAACAAAAGUAAUGAGACAGUUCAGGACAGCAGUUGUGGAAAACAUUAAAGAAAUGUUGAAACCCUUGUGGCGUGAAGGCCGUCUUAGCAAAGAUGUGCAUAACAUGAUAGUUAAAAGAGCUACUGAAAAGAUAGUCAGUGCUGCUGUCCAGUUACAUCAGGUGCCCACUAACAACGAGUCAGUUGAGAAAUAUCUUAAUACGUCUGCAACUAGAAUGGUGAAGCUGGUAGAGGGGUACGUCGAAAAGUAUGGUAAACCCCGUCCUAAAGCCUCAGGUAUCAUCAAAUCAAGUGCCAGUUAACAUCGGUGGUAUGAGCGCAAGCUGAUGAUAUUCUUGUAAAUUGUGGCAUCUUUCUUUUCCUCAAUUAGGACUUGCGCCUAUUUUUUGCAUCUCCAGUCUUAUCCUUUACCAAUAAUGGAAGAAGGUUAGAACUGGAGCUCUGUGGAGGAAUUGUGUAUGCAUUGUAAAACUCUUCAAAGCUUUGAUUAUGCUUAAAACAGCUUUUCACUCUUAGAAAGAAAUAUAUUGUUUAAUUAUUUGUUGUAAUGUUAUAGCAAUAAUGUGAUAGAGGGGCUAUAUUCUAGUUAUGUCUGUUUGGUAUU